GGAUGAUGUGGAUAACAGUAAGGAGCGAGGGAGGCAUGUGCAUGGCUAGUGACGACACAACGUUUCAGGUUUAUACCUUCACCCGCCUCCAAGAAAAAUUCGAAAACAGGCGAUGGACGUUGAUUUAUAGCGCCAUACCACAUUACUCGGCACAUCUAUACUGACGAGCAUCACCGGGUCGAAUAACAGACAAUCAAUUGUAAACUACAUCUCUACUCACGGAGUUUCAGCAUACGUUUAAUCAAGUUGAUCGGUUGGAACUUACUGGCCAUAGAAGAUUAAGAAUAUGUCAAUGCACAGAGAACUUGUAUGUUUCUUGGUCGUAGAGGUGACUUUCGUGAGCAUACUUGUAUAUGUAUAUUUGACGUCCAAUCAAAUUGUCAAUCACAACACAUGGAUACACAAACAAGGACACUUCAACCUUUCUGUAAAGGAAGAAAAUAUUUCACCGAAUGAACUGAGAAGGGAAACUGGGCGGCCAUGUGUUUUCCCUGAACGCUCGCCAAGUCUUGUUCCAUGUCAGCAGAACAACCUCAGUGAGAAACGACGAAUACUAAAAGAAUCGCUACCAUGGCUUGAUCUUGAGACGACCUUGAAUGCGUCCAUGACACUUCUUCCCGGGGGGUACCACCAACCGCUUGGAUGUGCCUCACCACAGCGACUUGCCAUAAUAAUUCCCUACAGAGACAGAGAGGUGAACCUGAAGAUCCUCCUCAACAACCUCCACAGAGUGCUCCAGAAACAACAGGCGGAAUAUGCCAUCUUUGUGGUGGAGCAGGAAAAUGGUACACCAUUUAACAGAGGAUUGAUUAAAAACAUUGGUUACGUUGAAGCCAAAGCUCUUUGUCAUUUUGACUGUUUCACCUUCCAAGAUGUCGACUUGGUGCCUGAGAGUGAGAGGAAUACCUACUGGUGUGGUGCGAGGGCUUUACAUCACUCUCAAAGACUCGACAUACUGAAAUACAGGAUAUUUUACAAGAAUCACUUUGGUGGUGUGAUCACCUUCAACGAGACUCUUUUCUCCACCGUCAAUGGUUACUCUAACUUGUACUUCACAUGGGGAGGUGAAGAUGAUGACCUGUUUCACAGAUUGCUGGAAAAAAAAUGCCCUAUGAAUUCAGCAAAUAUCCUCGUUACACUACUUUGACGCAUAAGACAGAGCCGCAGCAUACAAAGGAAGGGAGGACUCUGUAUGGAAAAAGCCACGUGAGAUUUAAGAACGACGGCCUCAACAGUAUGGGACGACUUUACCGGUUAAUAUCUGUGGACUACAAGCCUCUAUAUACCCGAAUAUAUGUUUCUGUCAAUCAGACUGAAGUACUCACUCAGCUGAAGCAUUAUGGCAUUAGGUUAUGAAUGUUUCACUGGUUAGAACUCUUCAUGGUCUCGGCAGAAACCUUUUUCUUAUUAAUCAUUAUUAUAUAUAUGAUCUAAUAUGACUUACGUUAUUCCACCAUAGUGUGUUGAGAUUCUUGAUUAUCAGCAUAUCUGUCAACUCUCACAGAUGACGCUCACUACAGGAAAACUCAAUCAUUUAUUAAGAAAUGUUUAUAAACAAAUAUAUUUUCCAUCUUUCUUGCUCUUCACAAAAAAAAUACAAUGGGAACCUAAGGACCCAAUUACACACUAUAAAAAACUUGGUCUUAGUCCGUAUGAACCCCACGGUCCCUAGUAUUCUCAGAUUCAAAGGCAAAGAGUUCAUAACUGUGGACUGCAAAAGGAGAAGGCACGGUCAGACAUAGCAGAAGUAGACAGAGGCUGAUACAGUAGCGUUCCACCAGAGGAGCGGAGAGCACGCUCUGGAGAGUAUAGGGAUAUAAGAUCUUUGAGAUAGUCUUGAUAGUCGCUAUUGUUGAGGCAGUCGUGAGUGAUGAUACAUAUCUUAUAGUUUAUACGAAAGGAGACUGGAAGCCAAUGUAGUGCUUUGAGGACAGGACUGAUGUGAUUGGAUCUUGGAACUUUAGAGAUGCAUCUAGCUGCAGGGUUCUGAAUGCGUUGUAGCUUUGAUAUGGCUUUCAUGGGAAGAUUAGCAUACAAUGCAUUGCAGUAAUCCAGUUUGAAGGUAACAAGACAUUGCAUCAACAAUUUAACUGUUGGAGUAUCAAGUAGAUGGCGGACUUUACUGAUGUUAUAGAUGCUAUGGUAGCAUGCAGUGCUGGUUAGUGAAAUAUGAGUGUCCAUGGCCAUUGUUGAAUCAAAGAUGAUUCCCAGAUUAUGGGCACUGGCAGUUGGGUACACAGUGGUAUCACAAAUAUGAAGGUAUACAGAAUCAGGGUGAAGCUUUCUGACUUGCUGUCUCGAUCCAAGGAUUAAAAACUCAGUCUUCUCUUCAUUGAGUUUGAGAUAAUUGAAGCUCAUCCAGGAUCGUAUGUCAUCAAUACAGCGCUCAAGUGCGGCGAGGUUCAGAGACAGUUCGGAAGUUUUAAAGGAAAUGUAGAUCUGGUUAUCGUCCGCAUAGAGGUGGAAGUUAAGAGCAUGUUUAUGGAUGAUAUCUCCAAUUGGCAGGAUGUAAAUCGUAAAUAGCUGAGGUCCAAGGACUGAACCCUCUGGUACACAAUAGUGACUUUUGCAUGUUGUAGAAUGACGAUCAUGGAUCUUAAGAGACAUGGUCCGGUCAGACAGGUAUGGCUGGAUCCACUGGAGAGCUGUUCCCCGAAUGCCAAGUCGUGUUGAGUCUGUGUUAUAAUAUUGUGUGAUCAAUAGUAUCAAAAGCAGAUGAGAGGUCAAGGAGAACAAGAAGAAUGGUUUUCCGCUGCCCAAAAGAUGUCAAGGUGUCGUUGUGGACCCGAACGAGUGCUGUCUCAGUACUGUGACUUGACUUGUAUGCAGACUGGAAUUUUUCACAGAGAUAGUUUUGUUUAAGAUGAUGUUGUAGCUGCACAGCAACAAUCUUUUCCAGGCAUUUAGACACGAACGAGAAAUUGGGCACAGGUCUAAAGUUUUAGAAAUUGUCGGGAUCCAAACCAGGUUUUUUGACGAUGGGAGUGAUGUGAGCAUAUUUCAGUUCACUUGGGAACUUGCCAUGAGACAGAGACGUGUUGAUAAUGUCCCACAUAGAAGGUGUCACGUGAUCCAUUAUGGUCUUGAAUAGCCAGGUAGGAACUAGGUCAAGUGAAAACGUCUUGGAUGGAGCAUGCUUGAUAGUGUCCGAUACGGCUAUCAAAGAAACGUGACUGAAGGAGGUUAUUUCAUUUCCUUACUUUGGUUGCUGGCGAUCUGUAGCCCGUUUUUGUUUUAUGUUUUAUAUUAUAUCUGUUUUGAACAAGUUUUGAACAAGUUUGAGCAAGCCUGUAAAUGCUCUUGCAUUGACAAUGUAUAUUUAUGUGUACAACAUUAAAUCGGAGGUAGUUUGUAAAGACAUGUGAACUAUCUCGUGAUAUUUGCACUUACACAAUGGAAUAAUCGUGUAGCUAACUGAGAUUUUCCGUGCGCUUCAUUAGUUCAGUAGGCCCCAAACCCGGUAGGUUGGAAUGGAAUGAUCAUACCUACAUGUAUUGGUAAACGUGAGUGAGUGAGUAUGGUUUUACGCCGCUUUUAGCAAUAUUCCAGCAAUAUCAUGGCGGGGGACACCAGAAAUGGGCUUCACACAUUGUACCCAUGUCGGGAAUCGAACCCGGGUCUUCGGCGUGACGAGCGAACGCUUUAACCACUAGGCUACCCGACCGCCCCUGUUUUGUUUAACAAUGAAGUUAUAACUGGAACAUGUAAGAAUUGACUUUUUAUAUCCAUAUUUUAUGCCGCGAGCGUCGAGGGAUGUAUUACAAAAUUUCAUUUAGUAUGUAUUGCUACAUGUUUACACGGACAGUCAUACAAACAACCAACCGUAACGCAGAAUAAAAUAGUUCAUCAAAAGGGGCGGUUGCAUGAGUGUAUGUAUGUUUUAAUUUAAUAUCAUUUCGACGACUGAAUUGGCCAAAACGCAGUUCUAUGUCCAAACAAACCUCAGAUUUGGAAUCCUUGAGGUAGAAAACCUAUAAAAAGAGUCUGUAUGAUCUUAUGACUGGUUAUGAAGUUGGCCAUCUUGGAUUUUUGCCAAUAAGGCGGCCCUAAUGAGCGUAGGCUUUGGCGCCCUCCAAAAAUGAAUUUAGUAUGUUCUGGCCUACACCAGUGCCAAAUUUGAUGCUUGUAGACACAUCUGCACGAUAACCCCUAAUGGCUUCCUAAGUGGUCUGGACUAAUGGUUAGCUUGUCUUCCUAGCCCGGUGUCCAUUUGAUACGGUUAUACACCCUGUUCAUAAAAUGGAAUUCUCCGACAUUGUUUAAAUACAGCUACAAAAAUAAAUUUAAAGCUUGUACAUUUGAGUAACAUCCUUAAAGAUGCUGUUGAUAUCUCAUCUAAGAAAUAAACGACUCAUGGUUUAUUCUCCCUGCAGUAUUUUAUUGUACGAUUAUCAACUCCCACUGGUCAUUUAUUUCUUAAAUAUUUUUUAAUGUGAAAUUUACACCAUACGUGUUUUUCCAUUGGACAACAGGUCGGCCACAUGACCGGGAAACUGGCGUUUAUUUUUUGAACGACACAAUUUGACGUUCAUACGUUUUUCAAGAGGCCGUGUUCUUGAAGUGACUUAAAUCUUGACGAACUACUUCCACGUUCCUGGGUUAACCCGUAGGAAUUCCCUCGCACAAAUACAUACAGAAGCGUUGUUUCUCAACAUGUAGACCCUUUAAUCUUCAACUCUGCGUUUUAGCCAACAUUGAGAAACGUCAGAGAGUUUGACUGCAGAAUCGUUCACGAAUAUCCUCCCCAUGACCAAUUCUAUGGUUAUCAAAACGAAGAAAUGCACAUCAACUAUCGCAGCACCGACUCGAUCCGUGUCUAGAUUAGUCUACAGCAAUCUAUGAGUUUACCAUAGUAUCUUUUUGACACAUCUUCAUAAUCACCUUUCAAAGCCAACUGAUCAAUGAUGACUAACACAUGUAACCACC